AGUGUGCACAUGUAAUAAAGGGGCGUUUAUAAACAAGAACCAACGGAAACGCCGCCACAUGGGUCCACUACAGCUUACACACAGGAGCUCUUGCUGAUACCUGUUGCACACAGUAAUGUCAGUUUUGUGUUACUGUGGGAGUUGCAAGGAAACAUGAUGAACGAAACGAACUUAACUCUAGUCGAGGAUGAUGUUGGCUUACGAGUGAUAGAAGGCAUAGCCUUCGUGAGUAUAACUCUCCUGAUUCUCACCGGGAACUGCCUUUGCCUCCUGGUCUUAAGACUCGCCCGGGACAUGAACCAUGUCACCCGGGUGCUACUCAUCUCACUGACCGCGGCAGACCUGCUCAUGGGGACGGUAGUCGCUGCGCCGGUGCUGGGUACUGUCAUCACCCACGGCUGGCCGUAUGGGUACGUCUUCUGUGCCAUCUCAGCCUCCGGGAAUCAGAUCUGCGCCACUACGUCUCUGUUCUCGCUCCUCCUGAUCAACGCCGAGCGGUAUAUCUGCAUCUGUCGCCCGUUGAGGUACCCUAGUAUAGUCACGGUCAACCGAGCCCGGGUUGCUGUCGUCUGCGUGUGGGUCUUUGCUCUGUUCCUUGGUCUCUCCAACUGCUUCCUCCCCGGCAGAAUUGCCAACUAUCACGAGUACCUCCACUCGUGUUUCUUCGACCCUUUGUCCGGUGAGCCGGACGUCAUGGGCACGCUGUGUGUAAUUCUCUUUGUCUUCGCGCCCUUUCCAGUCCUCAUCUUGAUGUACAUCCGCAUCUUCGUGAUCGCUCGUCGUCACGCUAAGGAUAUGGAGGCUCGAGCCAUCGCCAUGUACGAGCAAGCUCAGCGACUCAGCCUACAGGAGAACGGCCGGGUCAGCUUGGACCAAGGACGACGGAGAUUCUUCCCCGAAUACAAAGCCGCCAAAACAUUCGGCAUCAUUACUCUCACGUACGCAAUGGCAUGGAUGCCUUUCUUCAGCAUCGUCAUCUACGAGAACCUCACAAUGACAAAAGCCCCACGAGGUUUAACCGUUACAGCAUCGUGCAUGGCGUUAUCUAACAGUUGGUUAAACGUUCUCGUCUAUUACGCCCGCAAUGCAAUUUUCCGGACAACGGCAAAGAGAAUGUUGUCUGGACGUCGUCACCGUUAUUCAGCUUCUAGUAAUAGAUUCUGACAUUUUCAGUGUACGUAUAUCAAUUUCAGACUGAGCAUUUUAAAUAUUUAGAAUUCAUAACAUAUAUUCUUCACUUCACCGAUAUAUCUGAUUGUCGACUUCUGAAUGGCCUCCUUCACUCUCCUUGACAAAUUUGUUUUCAGAUGUGUCCGUUUGGGUUAACUUCAUGACAAAAUAGAUGCAGUGGAUGCAAUUGGUUGUUUUCAAUAGUUAUUUGAAGAAAACAAAAUCGGCUUCCGUACAGUAUGUAUAUGAGACAAUGCAAAAUAUGUGACAAUUAACUGCUUGGUUUUCAAUAGAACUAAAGUUGUUUUGACCAAAUUAAUGUUUACUUACAAGCCAGGCUGUUCAAACAUUAAAAAGACGUAGACCUAAAUAUUAUCUCGAUGUAUAUCCCAACAGAAUAACAAAACUUGAAAACCAAACAAAAACACCUCCCUAAACAGUCAAAUUACUCUACCAUUUAGCCUGCAUCGGAUAUUUUGUGCAUGGUAAAUCGUACCUAAUGCGGUUCAUUGACGAGUCACAGGAGGUUAAUAACGUUGUACUUACCAAGGUUACUUUAGAUUGGCUUCCUAAUUCGAUUUUGAUUAAAUAUCUUGUAAGG